GCUAACCCCAAGUAAAAAAAAAAGGAGAGACUAACCCAAAGUAUUUCAUCAUUGGUACGGAGUAUGAUAGUUGUCGUCUUCUUUCAUUGAUUUUACCGUCCCGGAGCUAGAAGAAGUCACCAACUCACCACACGGAUGCCCACGCGACCGCAACACUCUGCCUCAAUAAGAGGCGAGAUUAGACUGGGACGUCGAGAAAGAAGACUUCAACCACAUAUCCACUUGCUAAGUUGUUCAGCAGGGCAGAACCACGCACCUCGGUUGAUUAGCUUCUAUAGCUACGUCCAGAUAGAAGAAGAGGCACCAUGGCUCACAGACGCAAAGCCACUCUCCUCCGGCGACAUGCUCGUCUCCAAGGGCGGCGACUUUGCGCUUGGCUUCAUCUCGCCGGACGGCUCCAACACGAGCUUAUACCUCAGCAUAUGGUACCACAACAUCCCUGGCCGCACCGUCGUAUGGACUGCCAAUCGUGAUAACCCGAUCGCCGCCACUUCAUCCCCCAUGCUCGCCAUCACCAACAGCUCUGACUUGGUGUUGUCUGACUCCCAGGGUCGCAUCCCUUGGGCAACGAAGAACAACAUCGCUGGCAUGCGAGUUGUUGCAGUGCUACUCGACAUGGGGAACCUGGUCCUCCAGUUACUAAAUGGCACAACCAUAUGGCAGAGUUUUGAUCAUCCGACAGACACCAUCCUCCCAGGCACAAGGCUCUUCCUCAGCGACAAGGCCCGUAUCAUUGGGCGGCUUGUUGCUUGGAGAGGGCCCCUUGACCCAUCCACCGGAGAUUUUUCUUUGAGCCUUGACCUCAGCUCGGGCCAUCAGUUAGUCAUUUGGCAUGGGACUAUGCCCUACACCCGCCUCAGUAUGUUCAGUGGUUCGACAGUGGAUGGCAGAAUAUACGAGAACACAAUCAUCUAUGAAGCGAUUGUCGGCACAUGUGAUGGGUUCUAUUAUGAAUUCUCCGUGUCUGCUGGCUCACCGUAUGCACGUCUUACGCUCGACUAUACAGGCAUGCUGAGGAGUCUUAGCUGGAACAACAAUUCGUCAUGGACAACCACUGCCGAGGACCCCAGUAGCAGCUGCGACCUCUAUGCUUCAUGUGGCCCGUUCGGCUAUUGUGACAACAUGGGGGUUGUCGCGACAUGCCGUUGUCUCGAUGGGUUUGAGCCUAUUGGUCUUAACUUCUCGAGCGGAUGUAGAAGAAUAAAGGCGUUGGAAUGCAGUAGGCAAAGUCAUUUCGUGACCUUGUCUAGGAUGAAGGUUCCAGCCAAAUCCUUCCAUGUCCUGAACAGAAGCUUCGACGAGUGCACGGCCGAGUGCACCAUCAAUUGCUCAUGUACGGCCUACACUUACACUAACUUGAACAGUAACGAUUCUAUGGCUGACCAGUCAAGGUGCUUGAUUUGGACAACGGAGCUCGUCGACACGGGGAAGUAUAGCAAUCGUGGCGAGAACCUGUUCGUCCGGCUUGCUGACUCUCCUGUUCAAAAGAAUAGAAGAUUGCUAAAGAUUGUACUCCCGGCCAUUGCAUGCCUAUUGAUACUCACAUGUAUAGCCCUUGUCGGGAUAUGCAAAUACAGGGCAAGCAAAGAACGAAAGAAUGAAAUCCAGAAGAGAGUGAUGCCAGAGUACCUUAGUUCUUCCAAUGGAACUGGAGGCGAAAGUAUAGAGCUACCAUUUGUUAGCUUCGAAGAUAUUGCUGCUGCAACAGAUAAUUUCUCUGACUUGAAACAAAUCGGAAAGGGAGGUUUUGGCAAAGUUUACAAGGGAAUGUUGGAUGGUCUCAACAAUGUUGCUAUCAAAAGGCUUAGUAUUGACUCUGAACAAGGGAUAAAGGAGUUCAAAAAUGAAGUAGAUCUGAUUGCUCAAUUGCAGCAUAGAAAUCUAGUUAGACUUCUUGGUUGCUGCAUUCAUGGAGAUGAGAGGUUGCUUAUCUACGAAUACCUGCCUAACAAAAGCUUGGAUGCAUUCCUUUUUGAUGCUACAAAACAAUAUGUGCUAGAUUGGCCCACACGCUAUAAUAUAAUUAAUGGGGUGGCGAGAGGGCUGCUUUACCUCCACCAAGAUUCAAGAUUAACUAUAAUUCACAGAGAUCUCAAAGCAAGCAACAUCUUGCUAGAUUCAGAAAUGACUCCGAAAAUAUCCGACUUUGGUAUGGCUAGGAUCUUUCGUGGAAACCAACGGCAUGCAAACACUUCCCGGGUUGUUGGGACAUAUGGUUACAUGUCCCCUGAAUAUGUGAUGGGAGGUGCCUUUUCUGUAAAAUCGGACACCUAUAGCUUUGGCGUUCUUAUUUUGGAGAUUGUAAGUGGCUUGAAGAUCAGCUCACCGCAGCUUAUAAUGAACUUUUCCAGCCUUACAACUUACGCAUGGAGAUUGUGGCAAGAUGGAAAAGCAACAGAGCUAGUGCACUCUUCAGUCAUUCAGAGCUGUCCACUUCAUGUUCUACGGUGUAUUCAUGUUGGUCUCUUGUGUGUUCAAGAUCAUCCUGAUGAUAGACCGCUUAUGUCAUCAGUUAUUUUUAUGUUAGAGAAUGAAAGUGCACUACUCCCUGCACCAAAGCAGCCUGCAUAUUUUGCUAUGCAGAAUUGGGAAACUCAAGGACCAAGGGAGAGCAUGGAAAAUUCUGCAAAUGGAGUGAGCAUCACAACAUUAAAGGGUCGUUAGAUGUUGCAGGUCUAAUUAGUCUAUAUUUGCAAAUUUCAGUAUAGGCAAACGUAUGGUUAAUGAUCUACAAUAUGUAGAAUUUGAAUCUUUUAUUCGGUUGUUGUGCGGUACGCGAAAAGGCUGCGAAUUGGAGAACUAAUUUGAGAAUGUUCUGGUUUGAACAAA